AGUUGUAUUUUUAGCAGCGUGAAACUCGAGUUUGGAACGUCACAACAAAUACGGCAACAACAGUUGCAACAGUGGCACAGCAGUUUCCUGGUGCCCAAAGGUAGUGCUGUGAACACAGGUCACUAUCUCCUGGCCUGGCAAGCGAAUGACAAAACCUGUCACUGUCCUACGGCGUAUAGUAAAUAUCAACAAGUACUAUCCGUUGGACUGCACAUAGUAAACAAACACUUCUCUCGACAUCACGAUCACCAUAUCGUAAGGCGUGCCAAAUGAGUUUCUAUUUUUGCCCUCUCAAGUGCUGUGCUAGAUUGAUCUGCAUCUUAUGAUGAUCACGACUUGGAGUCUCCAGAACUGGGUGGAAAGCUCUCAUACGUGUGUCGACGACUGUACUUAAGUGGGGCCUGCAGCGACGUUAGUCCCUCAAGCAGGUCUAAUAGAAGACAAGGGCAAGGUUUUAUUUUUGUUUCUAAAAUGACUUCUAUUUUAUUUUCGGAGAUUGCGGAUCUGCAGAUAUCCAAGUUUGCUAAUAUCGGUGCUUUUGCGAUUCUUAUAUUCGAUUUCUGUAUCACGUUCCAAGAUGAGGUAAAGUGGACCUGGACCAGGCCAUGGGAUAUAAUUCGUGUCAUCUUCACCAUAUCUCGAUAUCUGCCUUUCAUAGGCUCUGGAUUGACUGCAUAUGCUGCACUGCGUGUCAGCGGCCCGCCGGCCCCCAGUCUCGCAGAAAACAGCAAGUCGUCGUUUAGUGGUUUCGACCUAACAACGCGAUAUUCAGUCAUUCAUAUCAUAGGUAUCGUGGCUGCGGAAGGCUUGUUGGUCGUUCGAACAUGGGCUUUCUGGAGAAAGAGCAAGAGGGUGCUGAUUGGAUUAGUAACUUAUAGCGUUGUGACAGUAAUCGCCGCUGUUUCUAUAAACGUCCUUCCCAAUCACCACUUGAUAUCAGCAGGCGUGUCUACGAUACCCGGGCAAGACUUCUACUCGUCAAGAAAUGCUGCUUUGGUAUAUGCUGUAUUGGCACUCUUCGAAUGUGUGAUACUGGCCCUUACUGCGUACAAGAAGUUCAGCGACUACCGGAAAAUUAAGAGCUCCAUCAUAAACACCAUUUACGGCGGUAGCAUAUUUUACAUGCUAUGCAUCAUCGCCAUCACAGUCACCAAUGUGAUUAUUGACGCUGUAUUUCCGAUUGGCUAUACACAGAUAUUCGAUACGCUACAACUUGUCAUUCACAGCGUCCUAGCCUCUCGAAUUAUGUUCCACCUUCGCAGUAGUCACCAUGUCUGCGAGAUGCACGCAUCAUCGAUGUUGAUGACUUCAGAAGCUAUACAAUAUGGACAGCUUUCGCAAAUGCAAACAAACGACUUGGAGAGAAGGAGUAAUGUUUGACAGUAUGCAAGCCAGCUUAGUUUGUCGUCAAGAUUGGACAUGCUUUUGUUAGAGUCCACUUUAAUAAAACGUUCAUGUAGCUACGCAAGUAGUAUUUGAAAAAAGUCCUUUGAAAGGACGCCUCACUGCCGUAGACACUGC